AUGCUGAGAUCUCUUCCGAGGCUGAUGUGCAUUGGCAUAGUGGCGGCCCAAAACUGGCCUGGUUGUCAGGAGCAGAACACCGUCAUCAGGAAUGCCGGACAAGCAUUGUUCACCAAUCUGCAGGGCUACGGAGCGACCAUUGGCUGCUUCCUCGACGACUGCAUGAGCUCUGACAAGUUUGUGGCGAGCGAGAUCGAGUCCUGUGCCAAGGUUUGCUUCUCCUUGCCAGACUGCAAAUUCUGGGUCUGGGGCACCGAGGAAGGCGAGCAGAAGUGCUGGUUCCGGACCGGGGAGGCUGGCCGGGAAGCCGGAGAGGGCUGGGUGUCGGGCUCCAAGGCGUGUGCUCCGCCAGGUACCACCGUCAUGCCCUUGGGCAACUCCGAGUGCUGGGCAGAGGGCUUCGGCUACGAGAAUUGCUGCGAAGCUAAGUUUGGGCCGAACGGCAACGCACAGUGCUGGGACGGUGUGUACAACUAUGACCGCUGUUGCUUCCCAAAAGAGGAACUCUGA